UCUCCAAGAGCAAGACAAGACAGGGCAAUCAAUCUGUCUGUCUUCGUCAAAGCGCCUCGCAAAGGACCGUUUGAAUAGCUGCGAUCUUCGAUUCAAAAUUGAAUACAACAAUAUUCGCUCAUUUGCCGUGGUCACCAUUAUUAUCAUCAUGGCAUGCAAGUCCGCUGAAGCCCCAAAAUACGACAUAGAAAUUGACAAGGAGAACUACGAGGAAGGUGUCUACGCUAUUCUUGCCGAGCUAAGACCACAAUGGAAGAAGGAGACGAUUCAGUUCAGGGUGAUUGCUCAAGGUAUCGUAAACCUUAUGGUUGUGUGUCACGUGACAGAAGAUUGCAAAGAUGCUGUUGUUGUAAGAGUCUUCGGCAGUCUAAUAGCAGCCGUUGUCAACCGAGACCAAGAAAUCAAAGUGAACCAAUUGUUCAGUGACAUGGGCCUUGGUGCAACCCUGCUCGCCGUCUUCAAGAAUGGCAUCUGCUCGGGUUUUCUCAAAGGGAAAAGCUUCACGUUUAUGGAUAUGGACAACAUUAAAGAUUUUGGAACUGCAAGGAAGAUAGCGAAAGCAAUAGCCGCCAUCCACUGCAACAAUACUGCUAGCCAAGCAAAGGAACUUGGUAUCGGGAAAGGCUCCGACUUCAUUGCCUUAGCUGCUGCUGCUCUGGAGGGUUGGCCAAUACCCUUCCAAGAUAAGGAACUGGAGAAGUGGUUCUAUGAGCGCGUUCCUAAAAAAGAUAUUCUCAAAGAAGAAUUUGCCAUCGCGCAAGGGGUAAUAGCCGAGAUAGAUAAGGAAACACAUGUCCUGUGUCACGGCGACCUCAACCCUACGAAUUUCAUGACAGAGGACGACACCGGUGACAUCAGGCUGGUUGAUUUUGAAUGUGCUGGAUUCAAUACCCCUUUCUCAGACCUGUCCACCUUUUUCCUAAUAUCAGCUGCCGGUCCUAUGUGUACUGACUUAGAAUCAGCCCAGCACAGCCCAGAAUACCACAGGAUAUUUCUCCGCGCCUAUCUGGAGGAAAUAAGGCGACAAGAUGGCGUGAAGGGCGAUGUCAGCGACCGGGAGGUGGAACGAUAUUAUGCCAUAGUGGAUAGGCUUACUAUUGCAAUGCAAUUUUAUGGUAUGAUACUCUGUCCCAGCUAUCUGGCUAGCAAUCCCAACUUGACGGUGGAGGGGAUGAACUUUAAGCAGAUUAUAACGCCAUUUCUGUUGCGUUGGGAUUACUACGUCAGGUAUAAAGACAGAAUGUUGUCCAAGAUAGAUUAGACCAGAGAUAAGGACUUCUGCAUUAGACAUACAAUUAGGAGAAUUGUCUUUGUCGGACGUCUAGUCUUUCUUAGAAUCUAGACGGGGUAGAGGGCAGGUAUAAAUGCAUUGGAAUGAAUGUAAUGGAUUUGUUAAUUGACACUGUUUUGUCACCUCGUUCUGACACAUCUGUAAACUAUUAUGAGGAUCGUUCUUACUCAAGGUUGGGACGAGGACCACCACAGCGACGCCAAGGACUGUCACCUGCGCGAGUCAGACGCGAGCGACAUCUCUUGCAGGACAAUGGAAUCAGUCCUGGCCUGUCGUUCAACGACAUGCGAGUACAUGUAUGAUGGAUUUAGAUUGUGACAAACUGGUUGAAAACAUCAAAAUAACAACACAAAUUGAAUUUGUACAAUCUUUAUAUAAUAUGUUCGCGACAAAUUCAAAUGUAGAACUCACUAAAACAUUGGUGUCUGUGUAUAAAUAAGAGGUCUAACAAAAGAAAUCAACAAGAGGCUCUUAUUGCCCUUCACGUGGAACAAAGUGGUACUGCCAUUUGGUAGGAUUAGUGUACCGGUGUGAAAGUGUUAAUGUCGUCUUGAGGCAUGGUUCUCUACAGACCUAUGACCUUCAACACCACAGAUAUCAAAAGCGCACAAUGGACUUCUUUCUCCCUAGUACAUUGUAUACUAUAUUCUGUGAUAUUUUUAACUGUUAAACCUGUUGAUCCUGAUUUAUAUUUUCCAUCUGCAUGGCUGUCUUGCGUGGGAAGAAGUAGGACAUGGCUUGUACACCGCGAUGGGUGGAAUCCGGGGUCGAUGCAGGAAGGAGAUGAUGGCAGUUGGCCAUGACCUUGAAAGGAAAUAAGAUAAAUUAGAGGGAGUGUCUCAUAGGCUACAUUAAAAUUCCAAAGACAGUCUGGUUCAAAAACAUAUUUCAGCCACACAACAGAGUUAACUGGGAGCAAACUGGCACAUUUCAUUUGCUAUUGGUAGUGACUUGUCUUCAUCUGUCUGAAUUUUCGCCAAUGUACUUGUUCGUUGAAUGCUCCAAUGAUUGGGUACAAAUUGGACUUAUUGCCCUGGUUAAUCCGUCCGAAAUUUACAUCACUAAAUACUCCUGUUUCUCGCUUAGUGGUUGCCUAAGUGCAAUUGGAUCUUCUUUGUACUUCUCAUUCAGACAUUAGGGUUACUAUACAAGUAGGCUUGGUCGGACCGA